AUGGCUAAGAAUGGCAGUUCCCUCCUCCAUUAUCUCAACAAGUCCACUUCCACCUCUAUCCUCUUCACCAAAGACACUGUUGAGGAUUCCAGCAUCGUGAGUAACGACGCCACCACAGCCAUAGGAGCCCUCAUAUUGGGCCUGGUCUUCCUCCUCGGCGUCCCCGGAAACCUCUUCAUCAUUUGGAGCAUCCUGGCCCGUGCCCGCCGACGUUCCGUUACCACCCUCCUCAUCCUCAACCUCGCGUGCGCCGACGGCUUUCUCAUGUGCCUCACCAUCUUCUUCAUAAUUUAUCUGGCCAGGCAGAACUGGGACUUUGGCGACCUCAUGUGCAAGGGGCUGUUUUACCUGUGCAACACUAACAUGUAUGCCUCCAUCUUCCUCAUCACACUGAUGAGCCUGCACAGGCUAGUUGCAGUGGUGUGGCCCCAUCGAGUGGCGGCCCUGGCCAGCAAGAAGAUGGUGGUGCGGGCAAUAGCUGUGCUCUGGGCCCUAGUGUUCUCAAUUUCUAUCCCUGCUCUGGUGUUCAGGCAGGUGAGGUAUGAUCAUGAUGAACAGAACAACACCCGCCAGGUGUGUGCCUCAAAUCACUCCCGGUCUCGAUAUGUGGUGUACCAGUACACCUUUGAGACAGUAGUGGGAUUCCUGGUUCCGUACGGGGUUAUAGUGAGCAGCUACGUCUGCAUCCUGAGACGCCUCAGACAGACCAAGUUCCGUCGUAAGGUCCGCAGUGAGAAACUCAUCCUGGCCAUCGUUGUGAUGUUUGGCAUCUUCUGGUUGCCAUAUCACCUCAUUAACAUAAUACAGGUGGUGGCUGAACAGUUUGAAGACAGCUCACCAACGAAAAAGAGACUCGAUAUGGUAUGGCAGCACAGUCGUGCUGUGACCUCCGCUCUGGCCUUCAUCAGCAGCUGUGCUAACCCUAUUCUCUACACCUUCGCUGGAAAAUCCUACAUCAGAGAGGACGGCAUUGCCUUCAUGGCUCGGCUCUUUGAGGGGACAUCUCUGGACACUGGGAUAAAGAAGGGAAUUGGACUAAAAGAUGCGUUGUCUUUCAGCAGCACUGGUGGCAAUGCUGUGAAGAACGAAAAACAGAUACUUGUGUAG